UCAAUCAAACACACAGCACCAGCUUCCCUACUUUCCUCACCAUUUCCAUCCUCAAAAGACCCGACCCGUUUCAGGUUCGGAUCUUGACUGCAUUUCUGCUUUACUUUUCUGGAUCUUCAUUUUCCAAAAUGUCGGACCUUGAGGCCCCAUUGGUACGCCCCAAAAGAAAGAAGAUCUGGGUUGACUAUUUCGUCCAGUUCAGAUGGAUUAUUGUCAUAUUUGUUGUACUUCCCAUCUCUUUUACUUUGUACUUCCUCACUUAUCUUGGAGAUGUUAGAUCCGAGUGGAAGUCCUACAAGAAACGUCAAAAGGAGCAUGAAGAAAACGUCCAGAAAGUAGUCAAACGUCUAGAGGAAAGAAAUCCAUCAAAAGAUGGGCUUGUAUGUACUGCCAGAAAGCCCUGGAUUGCUGUUGGAAUGAGAAAUGUUGACUACAAACGAGUCCGGCAUUUUGAAGUUGACCUUUCGGCUUUCCGUAACAUUAUUGAGAUCGAUCAAGAGAGAAUGAUUGCAAAAUGUGAGCCAUUGGUCAACAUGGGUCAAAUAACUCGAGCCACGGUUCCAUUGAAUCUUGCACUUGCUGUUGUUGCUGAGCUUGAUGAUCUUACCGUCGGUGGGCUGAUAAAUGGGUAUGGAAUUGAGGGAAGCUCACAUUUAUAUGGUCUCUUUUCCGAUACUGUUGUUGCAUAUGAAAUAGUCCUUGCAGGUGGGCGUGUAGUUAGAGCUACAAAAGAUAAUGAGUUUUCCGACCUUUUCUAUGCAAUCCCGUGGUCUCAAGGAACUUUAGGGUUGCUUGUUUCGGCCGAAAUCAAACUUAUACCCAUUAAAGAAUACAUGAAGUUGACUUACACACCCAUAAGAGGUAGUGUAAAAGAACUUGGACAAGCAUAUAUCGACUCAUUUGCUCCACCAUUUGGCGAAGAAGACAGUGAAAAUGUUCCGGACUUUGUGGAAACGAUGAUAUACAAUCCUCAUGAAGGUGUUUGCAUGACGGGCAAAUAUGCAUCCAAAGAAGAGGCGAAGAAAAAAGGGAACAAAAUUAAUAGCGUCGGCUGGUGGUUCAAGCCAUGGUUCUACCAACAUGCUCAAACGGCACUUAAAAAGGGGGAAUUUGUUGAGUACAUUCCGACCAGGGAGUAUUACCAUAGACACACACGGUCUUUGUAUUGGGAAGGGAAGCUAAUUCUUCCUUUUGCUGAUCAAUGGUGGUUUAGGUAUCUGCUUGGUUGGUUGAUGCCUCCAAAGGUUUCUUUGCUUAAAGCUACCCAAGGUGAAGCUAUUAGAAACUAUUACCAUGAGAUGCAUGUAAUCCAGGAUAUGCUUGUUCCGCUUUAUAAGGUUCCUGAUGCUUUGGAAUGGGUCGACCGUGAAAUGGAGGUAUAUCCCCUUUGGCUUUGCCCACACCGACUGUACAAGCUCCCCUGCAAGACCAUGGUGUAUCCCGAGCCAGGGUUUGAGCAACAAUGCAGACAAGGUGACACCCCAUAUGCUCAGAUGUACACAGAUGUAGGGGUCUACUACUCACCUGGACCUGUAUUGAGGGGUGAGGUGUUUGAUGGGGCUGAAGCGGUACGUAAAAUGGAGAGUUGGUUGAUAGAAAAUCAUGGGUACCAGCCACAGUACGCGGUUUCUGAGCUCAAUGAGAAGAACUUCUGGAGGAUGUUUGAUGCAGGGCUUUAUGAGCAGUGUAGGAACAAGUAUGGAGCCGUGGGAACGUUUAUGAGCGUGUAUUAUAAAUGUAAAAAGGGUAGGAAGACUGAGAAGGAGGUUCAGGAAGCAGAGCAAGCUCAAGUUGAAGGUCCGUAUGCAGAAACUGAUGAGCCCAUUGAAUAGGUUAUGAAUUUAAACAGUCGACUAAGUGCUGUGGUGAAUUGAAACCGUGCUAUUGUUUGUUGCAUGUACUUGCUGCAACAUUUUUCUCCUGUGUGUCACAACUUCUUCUAAUUUAAUGUGAUUUAGACUUUCAUAUA